AACAAUCUAUUCAGAUUCAACCGUGCACGAAUCAUUCUGCUCUGUCUUCAACUGUUUUAAGUGUUGUUUUUCUUAUUUUAUCGCUCUCGAAUACCUAUCAAUGAUGAGAAGAGGAGGUAGAUUCCGAGCCGCCCUCAGGCAGAACAAACAUGUAAAUGACAUUAUUUCUCAAAACAGGGCCAGAGUUAAACAUGAGGGUGAUCAUACACUGUUCGCCUAUUCAGAGGAAGCACAUUCAUCUCAAACGGACGCAUACCAGAUAGCCUCCCUUGGAACUGGUCCCUCUCAACCUACUGAUCAAAAUAGGAAAAGUAAAAUCAAACCUCCCUCUGGACUAAGGGGGAAAGAACUCGGGCUUUGGUUUAGAGAUCGUAACAGGGAAAAACAGGCGAAAGAAAGAGAGAGCCGUAAAAAGAAUGAUCUGAUAUAUCCUGUGAAAUUGGACGCAACAGUAGCAUCAGAAAUUUGCUCUGUUUUGGACAGACAAAAAAUUGAUCUUGUGCAAGCAGUCAGCUCAUGUGGAAGCAAGAAUCAAAAUGAUUCCGACGCCAGAGUUCGAUAUAGACACAUCAAGGAAAGUGAUUUCAAGAGGAGGUAUCUGAAUAAUAUCACUGGUUCAAUAGAAGAAAAUAUUUGUAAAAGUCUGUCUACAAAUGUGGUAUUGAAAAGGGAUCCACAACUAGAUGACGCGUAUCACUCUGAGCUUAUAAGUAAGCAGCAGUCUAAAAAGUAUAAUUCAAUGUUGGAAUUUCGGAAAAAAUUGCCAGCAUACCAAAUGCGGCAUCAGCUAAUUGAAUUAAUCAGAAGCAACCAGAUUGUUGUUAUAAGCGGAGAAACAGGUUGUGGUAAAACAACACAAGUUGGCCAAUUUAUUUUAGAUGACUGUAUUGAGUCUGGAAAUGGCUCCGUCACUCACAUUGUUUGUACACAACCACGAAGAAUCAGUGCAAUCACAGUUGCUGAUCGAGUGGCUGAUGAACGAGCAGAGUCAGUUGGCACUGGAAGUGUAGGAUAUCAAAUUCGAUUAGAAGCGAAGAAACCUCGGUCGAGAGGGUCAAUAUUGUUUUGCACAACAGGAAUUUUAACUCAGUUUUUAGAGAGUGAUCCCGCACUGAAACACAUUUCGCAUCUUGUUCUGGAUGAAAUUCAUGAACGAGAUACAAUAUCAGACUUUGCAAUCACCAUAUUGAAAGAUGUUAUCCCAAAAAGACAGGACCUGAAAUUGAUUUUAAUGAGCGCUACCCUGAAUGCUGAAAACUUCUCAACGUAUUUCAACCAUUGUCCUAUCAUCACCAUUCCUGGCUUCACGUAUCCAGUUAGAGAAUACUAUUUGGAGGAUAUUCUUCAAAUGACAGGGAUCAGUAUGACAUUCAAGAAAAAAUCGAGGAGGGAAAUUGAAAUAGCUGAUUUAAUAAGGAGCACGUGUUCGAACAAGUAUUCUCCUUUUGUUAUGAGACAAAUCUUGGAUCCUCAGUCAGAAGAAUUGAAUAUUGAUCUAAUCUUCGAUGUACUACAGUAUAUUUGUAACAAUGAAAAAACUGAAGGAGCAGUACUUGUAUUUUUACCUGGAAUUGUACAAAUUACAGCCCUCCAUCGAAUGCUUACAGACUCUGAACAGUUUCCAUCAUCAAGAGCUCAAAUCCAUGUUUUGCAUUCCAUGAUCCCAACACAUACUCAGAAAGCUGCAUUCCAGAAACCACCUAAGUUUGUUAGAAAAAUUAUCCUUGCAACCAACAUUGCUGAGACCUCUAUCACGAUUGAUGAUGUUGUUUUUGUCAUUGAUGCCGGAAAAAUUAAAAUGAGUAAUUUUGACGUUGAAAAAAAUAUUGCUACCCUGAAAGCUGAGUGGGUAAGCCAAGCAAAUGCCCACCAAAGGCGGGGCCGAGCUGGUCGAGUGCAAGAAGGUGUUUGCUAUCACCUUUUUACAAGAGCUAGGUCAAUGACCCUGGAUCAGUACCCUCUUCCAGAGAUGUUGCGUACUAGGUUGGAAGAAGUCAUUCUCAGCGCCAAGUUAUUGCAAGUCGGAGACGUUGCAACGUUUCUGAAAAAAGUUAUGAAUCCUCCAAACAGUCGUGCCGUUGAAUUGUCAGUUGAGCUUUUAGAAAAAUUAGGAGCAUUGGAUAGUUAUGAAAAUCUAACUCCUCUUGGAUUCCAUUUAGCAAAGCUUCCAAUGGAUCCUCAAACUGGAAAAAUGAUUCUCAUGGGUGCCAUAUUUUGCUGCAUUGAUCCCAUCUUCACCAUUGCUGCAAGUUUGAGUUUCAAAGAUGCAUUUUAUACUCCGAUCGGCAAAGAAAAGAUGGUUGAUGAGAAGAAAAUGGAAUUGGCCAAAGGAAUGAAAAGUGAUCAUUUGUUACUAGCAGAAGCAAUGAGAGGCUGGGAGGAUGCAGAGAAAAGGGGUCGAGGCUGGCAAUUCUGUAAUGAGUUCUUCCUGUCCCGUCCAAUUUUAGUUCAGCUGAAAGAAAUGAAAGCCCAGUUCGCAGAACAUUUAUCUCAGAUUGGAUUCUUGGACUGUAACGAUAUGAAAGCCUCAGCUGCAAACAUAAAUGCUAAUAAUUAUGCCUUGAUCAGAUCCAUAAUUUGUGCUGGACUCUAUCCAAAUGUUGCAAUUCUUAGGGAUUUGAAGCCCAUGAAAUCCGGCCAUUGUCUACAAUUUAUCCGAACUCCAGAGCAAGAAAAUGUAAAGCAUCAUCCCAAAUCAGUGAAUGAAAAACAGAGUGAAUUUGAGUCUCGAUUUUUAGUAUAUCAUCAGAAGAUUCAAAGCACAGCCAUAUUCCUACACGAUACAUCAAUGGUGUACCCUCUGUCUUUGCUGUUUUUUGGUGGUGGGUUUGAAUUUAAAUCCGAUGGAGAGGGUGGAACUGUUAUCGAGAUUAACGACGAGCUGAAAUUUCACUGUGAUAAUAAAACAGCUGAUCUCAUUAAGAGCUAUAACCUGUUUAUUAACUUCUGAAGAUCAAUUUGUCUUAAGGAAGUUAGCAAGUAGUUAAAGACCCCACCUUACUGGUUCAUACAGUCAGCUUC